UAACGUAUGGAUUUUUUGGAUAGUUACCUCCUUUUUACCAGUACCCAAACUAUAAAUCAGAAGACAAGAACUUUCAGCCAUUUUCUGUAUAUUUUCUUGAUAAUGAAAUCAAACCUCUCAUUUUUCUAUUACUUUUUAUUUUUUUCCUUUUUUUAAAUACGUAUUUAUCAACCAUAACCCAACAGUCCCUAACACCACAAACGCAAAAAUCCAACACCAUUCUCAAUUCUCAAACCUUAUAGAAAAGACACGUCCCUUGUAGUGAACUUGUCCUAACCACUUUAAUCAAACUCAACUUAAAACUUCCAUCUUAAAACACCUUUGGGUGGUUGGUAAAACUAGUUUCAGUCCCAGCUUUAUCUUUCCAUUCUCUCUCUCUCUCUCUACGGACAUCAAGGAGACUUUCUUGGUAACUGUGACAAACCCCAAAAUGUUGAAGGAAAUGAGGAUAGGUUGGAACCCCUCAUCACUACACAAACGCCAUCAUGUCUUUGUAAAAGUUGCAGUCUCUUUUCUGUUACUGGGUCUUGCUUGUCGUCUCUUUUUCUCCGAUUCUAUCAAGUUUUCUUCAUCAUCUCCUGUUGUAGAGACUGAUACCGUAACCGAGUCCCCUUCUCUGUCUACUUCUUCUUCUUUACCUGUUCAAGUUCCCAGUUCUGGUGAUUUGUUGGCAAAUGACAGCCGACCUUUUCCAAAUGAAGUUGCAGCUGAAUGUGAUCUGUUCACGGGGGAUUGGGUACCAGAUCCAUCAGCUCUAGCUUACACAAAUGCAAGUUGCCAUGCAAUUGAAGAUCACCAGAACUGUAUGAGAAAUGGGAGACCCGAUUCAGGCUACCUUUACUGGCGUUGGAAUCCCCGGGAUUGUGAAUUACCCAGAUUCGAUCCAGAGAAAUUUCUUGAUUUCAUGAGGAACAAAUCCUGGGCCUUUAUUGGUGAUUCCAUCUCCCGUAACCAUGUACAAUCGUUGCUUUGCAUUCUCUCUCAGGUGGAACAAGCUGUCGAGGUCUAUCACGACGAGGAGUACAGAUCCAAAAGAUGGCACUUUCCCUCCCACAACUUCACCCUCUCAGUGGUUUGGACCCCAUUCCUGUUGAAAGCUGAUAUUUUUGAAGAUAUUAAUGGGGUUUCUUCAUCGGAAAUUCAGCUUCACCUCGAUAAACUUGAUGAAACAUGGACUAAACAGUACAGAAACUUUGAUUAUGCUGUUAUCGGUGGUGGAAAGUGGUUUCUUAAAACUGCAAUAUAUCAUGAGAAUAAUACCGUGGCAGGUUGCCAUUACUGCCCAGGAAAGAACUUAACAGAACUAGGUUUUGAUUACGCUUAUCGCAAGGCACUGAAAUCAGUGCUAAACUUUACGUUGAACUAUGGUCGCAAAGCUUUUAUUUUCCUUAGAACCACAACUCCAGACCACUUUGAGAAUGGAGAAUGGUUCAGCGGCGGGACCUGUAAUAGAACAGCACCAUUUAAGGAAGGUGAGGUUGAUAUGAAAGAUGUAGACGCUGUGAUGCGGGACAUUGAGUUGGAAGAAUUUGAGAAGGCUGCUUCUAUACGAGCUGAAAAUGGGGUGAUCUUGAAAUUGCUAGAUACCACUCGCCUGUCUCUGCUGAGGCCUGAUGGGCACCCCGGACCUUAUCGGCAGUUCGAGACAUUUGCAAAGGAUAAGAAUGCCAAAGUACAGAAUGAUUGUUUGCACUGGUGCUUACCUGGGCCCAUAGACUCUUGGAAUGAUUUACUAAUGGAGAUUAUAAAUAGAGGAACACAUUAAUAAUUAUCCAUUUUUUGGGGUGGAUUUGAGAUACUAGGUUGUUCAAUUCUUUGAUUAUAUUGAAUGAUGGGGAUUUUUUUUUUUCCUUGAGAAGGGGUGAAAGGGGAUCAUGGCAUCCUGAACAUCUAGGAGGCCAGAGGUGAUUACUUUGAAAUAUCUUUAUCUUAUUCCGAAGAGAAUUCUUAGGCAACACAGAUUAGUAUUAAACUUUGUAUAGCUUGAGCCUAAACAGGU